AUGGUGUGUACCAGGAAGACCAAAACUUUGGUGUCCACUUGCGUGAUCCUGAGUGGUAUGACCAACAUCAUCUGCCUGCUGUACGUGGGCUGGGUUACCAACUACAUUGCCAGCGUGUAUGUGCGGGGGCAGGAGCCAGCGCCCGACAAGAAGCUUGAGGAAGAUAAAGGGGACACCCUGAAAAUUAUCGAGCGGCUGGACCACUUGGAGAAUGUCAUCAAACAGCACAUCCAAGAGGCUCCUGCCAAGCCUGAAGAGGCAGAGGCUGAGCCCUUCACGGACUCCUCCCUGUUUGCACACUGGGGUCAGGAACUAAGCCCCGAAGGCCGGCGUGUGGCCCGGGCAGGACUCUUUGCUACAUUCUCAGAACUCUGGCACAGAGAAGUUCUGACCCCAAAGUGCAUUGGCAUCUCCUUUGACCUCAUUCUAGAAGUGGUGUGCUCCAUCCUCCUACCUGGCAGGUGCCGAAACCUCUCAUUUCCUGACAGCCUGCCAGAGGUGAGCAUCGUGUUCAUCUUCGUCAAUGAGGCACUCUCGGUGCUGCUGCGGUCCAUCCACUCAGCCAUGGAGCGCACACCACCACACCUGCUCAAGGAGAUCAUCCUGGUGGAUGACAACAGCAGCAAUGAGGAGCUCAAAGAGAAGUUGACUGAAUAUGUGGACAAGGUGAAUGGCCAGAAGCCAGGCUUCAUCAAAGUUGUGCGCCACAGCAAGCAGGAAGGACUCAUCCGUUCCAGGGUCAGCGGCUGGAGGGCAGCCACAGCCCCUGUGGUGGCACUGUUCGAUGCCCAUGUGGAGUUCAAUGUGGGCUGGGCGGAACCAGUCCUCACCCGCAUCAAGGAAAACCGGAAACGGAUCAUCUCACCAUCUUUUGAUAACAUCAAAUAUGACAACUUUGAGAUUGAAGAGUACCCACUGGCUGCCCAAGGCUUUGACUGGGAGCUGUGGUGCCGCUACCUGAACCCACCCAAGGCCUGGUGGAAGCUGGAGAAUUCUACAGCCCCAAUCAGGAGCCCCGCCCUCAUUGGCUGUUUCAUUGUGGACCGACAGUACUUCCAGGAGAUCGGCCUGCUGGACGAAGGCAUGGAGGUCUAUGGAGGCGAGAAUGUGGAGCUUGGGAUCAGGGUGUGGCAGUGUGGCGGAAGUGUGGAGGUCCUGCCAUGUUCUAGGAUUGCCCACAUAGAGCGAGCCCACAAGCCCUACACAGAGGACCUCACCGCUCAUGUCCGCAGAAACGCCCUCAGGGUAGCUGAAGUCUGGAUGGAUGAAUUCAAAAGCCAUGUCUACAUGGCAUGGAACAUUCCACAAGAGGACUCAGGGAUUGACAUUGGGGACAUCACUGCACGGAAGGCUCUAAGGAAGCAGCUGCAAUGCAAAACCUUCAGGUGGUACCUGGUCAGCGUGUACCCAGAGAUGAGGAUGUACUCGGACAUCAUCGCCUAUGGAGUGCUGCAGAAUUCCCUGAAGACUGAUUUGUGUCUUGAUCAGGGGCCAGAUACAGAGAAUGUCCCCAUCGUGUACAUCUGCCAUGGGAUGACACCUCAGAAUGUGUACUACACAAGCAGCCAGCAGAUCCACGUGGGUGUCCUGAGCCCCACUGUUGAUGACGACGACAACCGAUGUCUGGUGGACGUCAACAGCAGGCCACGGCUCAUCGAGUGCAGCUAUGCCAAGGCCAAGAGGAUGAAGCUGCACUGGCAGUUCUCUCAGGGAGGCUCCAUCCAGAACCGCAAGUCCAAACGCUGCCUGGAGCUGCAAGAAAACAGUGACAUGGAGUUCGGUUUCCAGCUGGUGCUGCAGAAGUGCUCAGGACAACACUGGACUAUCACCAAUGUCCUAAGGAGCCUGGUGUCCUGACCCUCCCACGACACCAUCAGCCACUGCCUUGCUACUGUGUAGCAUCAGCUGCAACAUGGCCUGCUGUCAUGUGGGGUUGUCUGGAGUCUGAGAGGGGGAGCCAGGUGGGUGGCCUCCCACACAAAAGAGCUUUUUAUUUCCUAUCAAUUUUCAUGGCAUUUAUAGAGAGAUGCAGAAAGGUGGGUGAGGGUAUAAUAUCCUGAACUAUUUUCAAUUGUAAA